GCUGGUCUGGUGACUCAGGGAGCCGGGAUCCCAGCUUAACCAAGCUGGGACAGAUAGCCUCCCCUAGUCCCGUAGUGGAGGAAUUGGUAUAGGUUAGAGGGGUUAGCUGUCGAGAAUCCCUGUAGCCAAGUGACCUGUACAACUGUGUUGGUGUAAUAAAUAAGUGUGCCUCCGAUCCUGUCGUCAAGCCUCCAUAUAUACUUACUACAUCUGGUGUCAGAAGUAAACGUCCAACGAUGGACACACGAGGGACGACACGUACCAGGGAGUCGGAGAUGGAAGACGCCGCGGCCGAAUCUCCACCAGUGAUGGCCGGGGUCGAAUCGGAGCAGCCGGGGCCGAGUACGCCCGCGCCGCUACGACAGGAGGAGGGGGAUGCGUCGGCCGAAGGACUCCGGCUGGCCCACUCCCGCCUGGCGGACCUGCUCUACGCCGCGGCCGCCGCGUUGGAGGAGAUCACGCGGCUGGGGGCUGGAGGAGCAGCGCGGGUCGACGACGGCAGCCGGCGCGGGGCGACGUUUCCCGCCACCCCGACGCGGCUCGCGGUCAAAUUUCCCGCCAUCUCUACAGUACGAGCGGAGGGCGGGGCCGGCCCGCGUCACGUGUCUGCUGAGCGCCAAGCACAAGCCGUGACAUCAUCAACGCCGGCCGGCGCGUCAACAUCAGAGCGACCGGCGAUGCCAUGUGCACGGCCCGCCCACACUGUAUCAUCGGCGGGGAGCGACGGAGAGCGUUCUGCGGCCACGGACGCCGCCUUACAACAGCGUCUGCCGCCUCUUAAAGAAUUUGUCGGCGCUGACGGAGACUGGGGCGGCUUCAAGAGGCGGUUCAUCGCUCAUCAAGAGAUGGCGAACUGGUCGGACGCCGAGGCUCUACGCGCGCUGCCAGCGAUGCUGGACAACGACGCCCUGGCUACCCUCACCUCGGCGCCGAGGGAAAAGCGCGCCACUCUACACCUGGCGUUGCAGCUGCUGUCAGCCGUCUAUGGGCCGCCUUCGGACUGCAGGCAGCUGUUCCACGAUCGGAGUCGGGGCGCCAACGAGUCACCCCUGGCCUUCCGGACGGCUCUCCUGGCUCUGGCAAAGGCUGCUUUCCCAAGGAUGGACGAGGAAGGAGUGGAUGCCAUGGUGGCUGAGAAGCUGCUGCUACUCGCUGACGAGCUGGACGUCAACGUCUUGGCUCAGGACGACGCGGAGAUGUCGUCCCUGCUGGUCGCGCGCCACAUCCACGGGGGCUUGCGGUCCCUGCGUCGGAAGGCGGCAAAGGGGGCGGCCGGCCAUGCCAUGGCGACCACCGCCCUCCCAUCGGAGGAGGUCUGCGGGGUGGAGCGGCGAGGGGAAUGGAGAUCGGCGGCACCGCAGGAUCGGAAUGGACCGAGCCGCCAGGAGCAGCCCAGGUCAUCUGGGGCGCUCACACGCUGCUACAACUGUGGCCUGCAAGGCCACGUUGCGUCUGGAUGCCGGGCUCCCCGUCAGCGCGGGGCGACACCUCGUCAGGACGCCACGCCGUCUCCUCCCAAGCUCCAGCAGAGAAAUACGGUGAAACAGGAGUGACGGGUCCACACCCACCAACCCCUCCCGGAGGGGUCGGGGGUCACUCGGCAGCGACGCCUGACUCUCUUGCACCCGGACCGUCAACAACCGUCACUGAGCGUGCCAG